GCCUCGCCUCUCCCGCGCCUCAGCAGCGACUGACAGCGUGAUUGACCACUGAAUCUCACCGUCCGGGUCCAGACCAGCGGCUGAACUUUACCUCAUUGGCUGCUGGUUUUUAAACUACCCUCGGGGGUGGCUUUGGGGGCAGAAUCUGGGUGUCCUUCAGCAUUCUGUCAGCUACUCAUCUUCGAGUAUUUAUGUUGACUAUAAAAACUAAACUUUUUUAUUUCAACAAUAAGGAGUGUUUUUGUUCAGCCGUUGAACCCAUGUCUGUAGGAGCUGACUGGAACUGCCCGCUGGUACAGGUACAGGUCUGAGUCUCUGGUCACAAUGACAGCAGACUCCGUGGUCAGGAGGGGUCUGACCUGGAUGAAGCAGGCGGCGGCCACAGCUCCAGCGGGCGUCCUGCCCCGCAUCAGGAACCACAGGCUGGUCAACUUCCAUCAGGCUGCCAGAUCAGGACGGGGCAUGUUGAGCCAACACCAGGGGGCCUGCGUCCACAGAGCCACCGCUCUAAAGACUCUGUGCAGGGAUCCGACCGUGGCAGGGUUUUUUAGCACCUGUGUUGUCGGAGGUUCACACGCUGCUAACAGGAAACAUCUCCUGUACCACAGAGACCGGACCGCUGGUCGUCUGUUCUCUGGACACUCCAGAUUAUUGAACCAGGACAAUUCCACAGUGGGACGUUUGACGUCGGAGGACGUCAGUAAAGCAAGGAACGUCAAAAAGACAGACUUCAAGCAACAUAAACAAGUGCUCAGUGAAAAAGCCAGGGAGAGUAAGGUUCCAGUGACACGGAUUGGAAGACUGGUGUCUUUUGGAGGUCUGGCCGUAGGGCUGGGGAUCGGAGCCAUCGCUCAGAUGAUGAAGAAGAACUUUAAACCACAGGAAGGUGAUGAAGAGGAUGGUGAUGAUGAUAACAAAAAGAAAGCCAUUCUGGAUUCCAGCUCGUUUCUCUCUGAAGCCAAUGCUGAAAGAAUCGUGCGGACGCUCUGCAAAGUCCGAGGUGCUGCUCUGAAACUGGGCCAGAUGCUGAGUAUUCAAGACGAUGCUUUCAUUAACCCUCAGUUGGCCAAAGUCUUUGAGCGUGUUCGUCAGAGUGCAGACUUCAUGCCGACCAAGCAGAUGAUGAGAGUCAUCAGCAGCGACCUGGGCCCAGACUGGAGGGAACGGCUGCAGGACUUCGAGGAAAAGCCGUUUGCUGCCGCAUCCAUCGGACAGGUGCAUCUUGGGAGGCUGAAGGACGGCAGAGAGGUGGCCAUGAAGAUCCAGUAUCCUGGUGUGGCCAAAAGUAUCAACAGUGACGUGAACAACAUCAUGGCAGUCCUGAGUUUGAGCAACGCUCUGCCUGAAGGUUUGUUCCCUGAGCAUCUGAUCCAGGUCAUGAGUCGGGAGCUGGCUCUGGAGUGUGAUUACAUAAGAGAAGCCCAGUGUGCCAGGAACUUCCAGCAGCUGCUGAAAGGUCACCCCUUCUUCUACGUCCCUGAUGUGAUUGAUGAUCUGAGCAGCCGACAUGUCCUCACCACCACGCUGGUGCCUGGUGUCCCUCUGGACAAGCUCACCGAGCUCUCGCAGGACCUCAGGAAUGAGAUUUGUGAACAGAUCCUGAUUCUGUGCCUCAGGGAACUGUUUGAGUUCAGAUACAUGCAGACGGAUCCAAACUGGUCCAACUUCUUCUUUGAUCAUCAGAGACACAAGGUGGCGCUGUUGGAUUUUGGAGCCACACGAGGUUUUGACAAGAGUUUCACUGACAACUAUAUCGAGAUCAUUAAGGCGGCUGCAGACCGAGACAGAGACGGCGUCCUACAGAAAUCCAGAGAGAUGAAGUUUCUCACAGGAUAUGAGACCAAGUCGAUGGAAAACGCACACGUGGACGCUGUGAUGAUCCUGGGCGAGGCCUUCUCCUCCUCAGAGCCCUUUGACUUCGGACACCAGAGCACCACCGAGCGCAUCCACAGCCUCAUCCCAGUGAUGCUGAGGGAGCGGCUGACGCCUCCUCCUGAGGAGACCUACUCCCUCCACAGGAAGAUGGGCGGCUCCUUCCUCAUCUGCUCUAAGCUCAAAGCUCAGAUCGCCUGUAAGAACAUGUUCCAGGAGGCCUACAUGAACUACUGGAAAGACGGAGGACGGGUCGAAGCAGUAGCACGAGGGUAAGAAGGGUUUUAAAAUAAAACAAACAAACAAAAAAUCGACAUUUUACUGAUGUUUGACCUUUGACCUAUAAACUUUGUCUCCUGUGAAGAGAUGUAGAAGAUAAAAACAAAGAUUAAUGCAAAAACUUUUUAAAGAAACGUAUUAAUUAUGAAAACUGCCAUUUUAUUAUCCACAUGCUAAUGGUUACAACAUAUCUCAUCUGGACCAGGACUUUACUGAAGACUGACUAUAUAUCCAAAUGAUUUGUGUCUAUUUGUACUGUUUAGUGUUUUCUAUGACAUGUACAUCAUGAUGCUUAAUGGUUUUUGAAAAACUGCAUUUAAUGUGACAUCCAGGAUUCUCAGUUUUAAAUAAACUGGCCCUGAUUUUGCAUAAAAAAA